CAGGCCAGAUCUCAUAUGCCACCGCGCAUUGACGAUGAUAAGGGAAGGACUCAUGAGCUGGAAUAUUGUGCUGUUAAAUGCAUGCGAGGAAUUCUCUACUGCUACAUGCGUCAAGCUGAUAAGGUGGAACAUUUCAAACAACAUUCAGAUCCAUCAAAUUGCCUACAUUCUGUGUUCAAUGUGCAUACCGGUGAUGAAGUGUUAUCUAGUGAAGAGUAUGGGCAUCUUCAGAUUGAUGCUGUAUCUUUAUUCUUACUAUACUUGGUGGAGAUGAUUUCCUCAGGACUACAGAUUAUCUACAAUACUGAUGAGGUAACUUUCAUUCAAAAUCUUGUUUUCUGUGUGGAAAGAAGCUAUCGCAGGCCAGAUUUUGGUAUGUGGGAGAGAGGAAGCAAAUAUAACAAUGGAAGCACUGAACUGCAUUCAAGUUCAGUUGGUAUGGCCAAAGCUGCGUUGGAAGCAAUCAAUGGCUUUAAUCUCUUCGGCAAUCAGGGAUGCUCUUGGUCAGUGAUUUUUGUUGAUUUUGAUGCUCACAAUCGGAACAGACAAACCUUGUGUUCACUGCUUCCACGAGAAUCACGGUCUCAUAAUACAGAUGCUGCUCUACUACCGUGUAUUAGUUAUCCUGCAUUUGCAGUGGAUGAUGAUGCAUUGUUUGAUCAAACAAUUGAGAAAGUUGUUCGUAAACUGAAAGGAAGAUAUGGAUUGAAACGCUUCUUAAGAGAUGGAUACAGGACAGGAUUGGAGGAUCAUUCACGGCGUUACUAUAAACCGGCAGAAAUCAAGCUGUUCGAUGGCAUUGAAUGUGAAUUUCCUUUGUUUUAUAUUUAUUUGAUCAUUGACGGGGUAUUUCGAGAGAAGCCUGAACAAGUGAAAGAAUACAUGGCACUCCUUGAACCAUUGCUUCUCCAGUCAUACGAUGGCUUUGCCAUUGUACCAAAGUAUUAUUAUGUGCCGGCUGAUUUUAUUGAAGCAGAAAGGAGAGCACCUGGCAGCCUAAAGCGUUUUCCUAGUAAUUCUGGACAUGAUGGAAAUCUUUUCUUAUGGGGACAGGCCCUGUACAUAAUUGCAAAGCUGCUUGUGGACGAAUUGAUAAGCCCAAAGGAUCUGGACCCUGCUAGACGAUAUGUGCCCCCAAAGGAGCAGAGAAAUAUCAGCAUGAGGUAUUCCAACCAAGGUCUUGCAGAAAACGACGUCGUAGUUCACGUGGCCCUGAUUGCUGAAAGCCAGCGCCUGCAAGUAUUUCUCAACACAUAUGGAAUACAGACGCAAACGCCCCAGCAAGUAGAACCAAUACAAAUAUGGCCGCAACAAGAGCUUGCAAAGAAAGGAGAACACGCCCCCAGCAACAUCAAUGGAACUGAGGUUGAGAGGGUGGAGGGCGUCAACUUCCUCGGAGUGAUGACAACCGAUAACCUAACCUGGACUUCCCAUGUAGAUGUGACAGUCAGGAAGACACAACAGCACCUCUUCUUCCUCAGGCAGCUCAGGAUAUUUGGCACAUCCAUGAUGACCUCAACCAACUUCAACAGAUAUACAAAACCUGAAGAUGACAUCUCCCUUGUCAGCGAAGCUAUACUCUUGAGUAUUUUGCUGAAGCGAGAAGGGCCUAAUUUCAUUACAGCAGAAGGGACUGUUAUGGAUCGUUUGGAAAGAGUUUAUCAACGUUCAGGCAGAAAGAAACACUGGUCUAAUGUACGCUUCACUGCAAGUAUUUUAGGUAAACAAGUGGACAGCCUUGCUCCAUCAAUUACUAGGGUUUUAGUUCAGGGUAAACAAGUUACAAUAGGAGUGUUCGGACAUGAAGAGGCAGUGAUUUCAAACCCCUUGUCUCCAACGGACAUAAAGAAGAUUGUCUACUCUAAAUGCUCCCGGCAUGAUGAAAGGGAGGCGGUGCUUCAACAAGAACUAGUCAUUCAUAUUGGUUGGCUUAUUUCUAAUUCUCCAAAACUCUUCCAGGGCAUGCUGAAAUUUAGAAUUGGAUGGAUCAUUCAUGCAAUGAAACAUGAACUAAAGAUUCAAAGUGAGAAUCUGUCUGACGAUUAUGUGUACCAGAUGUCACCAAGUGAUGUCAAAAAGCUUCUUCUGGAUACUCUGCAGCCUGACCAACAUGACAGGUCAUGGAAAAACAGGCGUCAUCUUGAUGGCUCCUUGAAUCGUACUCCAAAGGGUUUCUAUGACAGAGUAUGGCAGAUUCUGGAGAGGACCCCUGAAGGCAUCAUAGUGACUGGAAAACAUCUGCCCCAACAGCCAACUUUAUCAGACAUGACCAUGUAUGAGAUGAACUUUUCACUCCUCGUAGAAGACACUUUACAAGACAUUGUCCAGCCUGAAUAUCGACAGAUCAUUGUUGAGCUACUUAUGGUUGUUUCUGUUGUGUUGGAACGCAACCCUGAGCUGGAAUUUCAAGGUGAAGUAAAUUUAGACAAACUGGUGAAAGAGGCUUUUGAUGAAUUUAAGAGAGACAAAAGUAGACUGGAGCAAGUUGAGGUUAAGGACAUGACUGAUUUCUACAAUACACCUCCAACUGGUAAGAGAGGGACAGCCAGCUACUUGAUGAAGGCUGUGAUGAACGCAUUACUUGAGGGUGAAGUUAAAUCAGGACCUGAUGACCCCUGUGUGAUUUGCUAAAGAUAAUGAGCUUCAAAAAUUUAUCUUUCUGAGAUUUAUGGGGUGAUUGCUACAAUCUUAUUUGCUAAAAUUAAUGUUAUAUAUAAUAGGUCAGUUUACUGGAUUUUGGCUUCUUUGCUGCAAAUGUAAUACUUGAUUGAUAAAUUCAGUCUUAGAUUCACUUAGUUUACAAUCUAGAAAUACAUAAAGGAGGUAAUUUAAACUGGGUGUUACUGCUUAUGUGAAAAAAGUUCUGUUUAACAAAUGAAAUGUUCAGCACCACUAUUCAGUGAGAGUGUCACUUUAUAUAUAGUUUAACUCUUAAUAAAUAUUUGGAAUUUG